AUGGGACCUCAAAUUUGUAGUAGAGGCGCAUUGAAAUUGUACAAUGUUGGUGCACCAUGGGAGGGGAUAGCCAUUGACGUUGCGGGGCCGUUUCCGGAAAGUGAAAGUGGUAACAAGUAUUUCAUGGUUGUGAUGGAUUACUUUACUAAGUGGUCAGAAGUCUUCGCUAUUCCAAAUCAAGAAGCUUCAACAGUUGCAGAUAAACUAGUUCAUGAAGUUUUCUGUCGUUUUGGAGUACCCUUAGAGAUUCACAGCGAUCAAGCAAGAAAUUUCGAGUCUCAAAUAUUCCAGGAAACUUGCAGAGUUAUGGGUACUCAUAAAACACGAACAACUUCUUACCACCCACAAUCUGAUGGAAUGGUAGAACGAUUUAAUCAGACAUUGAAAAAGUACCUGGCAAAAGUUGUGGAAAGACGGCAACGAGACUGGGACAGGCACAUACAACCGUUUUUGUUGUCAUAUCGAAGCGCUGUUUACGAAAGUACAUCAGUGACGACAGCUUUCGCAAACUUUGGGAGAUAA